GGCUCGUGCAGCAGCCGCUCCGGUAGUUUUGGCUCCGGAGACGCGCAGGACGCAGCGAACUGUCCCGGCUCCCCUCGAUGGUUCACCGCAGCCCGGAGGAGGGACAGACCUUCCACCGCUGCCCGGAAAUCAGCGCCCAGGAGCCGCACACACACUGACAGCACAGCCGGUGGGCAGCCAUGCUGAAGCCGGGCGACCCGAGCGGCUCAGCCUUCCUGAAGGUGGACCCGUCCUACCUGCAGCACUGGCAGCAGCUCUUCCCUCAGGCGCAGCUGAAGGCUCCUCUGGCCCCGCCGCCGCCUCCACCUGACCGCCUCUCCAUCCCCGUGGACAGCCUGCGCCCGUCCCGCCUGCACAGCCACCUCCUGUCCUCCACACACUGCACCUCCUCCUCCUCCUCCUCUUCUACAUCCUCCUCAGCAGCUUCUUCUUCAGCAGCAGCAGCAGCAGCAGCAGCUCUCACCCCAUCCUCCUCCAUCUCCAUCUCCGCCUCCGCAGGGCUCUCCCAGCUGCCCGUGCCCCAGCAGAUUGCACUCUUUGGGCAGGCGUUAGCCCCGGUGUGUGCCGGGCCUGGAGGUCCUGGAGGAGGAGGAGGACCAGGAGGAGGUGGAGGAGGAGGAGGAGGAGGAGAUCUGGUGGUGGUCGUCCCCCCGGAGAACCAGCAGGGUCACAACCCAGCAGCGGGGCUCCUCCAUCAGGCCAAAGAGCAUAGCUGUGGGGGGGUGGGGGUGGUGUCGUCCAGCGUGAAGAGCAGCAGCAGCGGAGGAGGCGGCGAGGAGGGCGGGAAAGGAGCGACGACGAGGUUCAAACUGACGUCGGAGGAGCUGGACUACUACCUGUACGGACAGCAGAGGAUGGAGAUCAUCCCACUGAGCAACCACACAGGAGAGCUCAACAACCGCUGCGACAUGUGUGCAGACAACAGGAACGGCGAGUGUCCGAUGCACGGUCCUCUUCACUCCCUGCGUCGACUCGUCGGCACCAGCAGCUCGGCGGCUCCCGUCACCCUGCCGGACGUCCCUGAUUGGCUCAGAGACCUGCCCAGAGAGGUGUGUCUCUGCACCAGCACAGUUCCUGGUCUUGGGUACGGGAUCUGUGCGGCUCAGAGGAUCCCUCAGGGAACCUGGAUCGGCCCGUUUCAGGGGGUCCCUCUGCUGCUGGACAAGCUGCAGUCCGGAGCCGUCAGGAACACGCGACACCUGUGGGAGAUCUACGAUGCAGAGGGGACGUUACAGCACUUUAUCGAUGGUAAUGAUCCCAGUAAAUCCAGCUGGAUGAGGUACAUCCGCUGUGCCAGACACUGUGGAGAGCAGAACAUGAUGGUUGUACAGUACAGGUCCUGUAUCUUCUACAGAGCGUGCAUGGAUAUUCCCAGAGGAACAGAGCUGCUGGUUUGGUACAACGACUCCUACACCUCCUUCUUCGGCAUCCCGCUGCAGUGCAUCGCUCAGGACGAAAACUUAAAUGUCCCAGCCACAGUGGUGGAGGCCAUGACCAGGCAGGAGUCCCUCCAAUCCUUCAGCAAGAACGGCAAACCGUCCUCCUCGUCUUCCUCCUCCUCUACCCCCUCCACCACCCUAAUGCGCUCCAUGGUCUUCCCCCACUCUCCCUGCCCCAGGAGUUUCUCCCUGUUGGACAAGGUUGGGGUUGGGCCUCAGUCGGACUCGAGCUUCGGCCAGCUGGGGUCAAAGAACCAGCGAGUCCUGGCGAGUCCAACCUCCACCAGCCAGCUGAGCAGCGAGUUCAGUGACUGGCAUCUGUGGAAGUGCGGCCAGUGCUUCAAAACCUUCACCCAGAGGAUCCUGCUGCAGAUGCACGUCUGUCCGCAGAAUCCUGACAGACCGUACCAGUGUGGCCACUGCUCCCAGUCCUUCUCUCAGCCGUCGGAGCUGAGGAACCACGUGGUGACGCACUCGAGCGACCGUCCCUUCAAAUGUGGAUACUGCGGCCGGGCGUUCGCCGGCGCCACGACGCUCAACAACCACAUCCGAACGCACACCGGAGAGAAGCCGUUCAAGUAAGUAACAGUGCGAGCGUUGCGACCGCAGCUUCACACAGGCCACUCAGCUCAGCCGCCAUCAGCGACUUCCUAACGAGUGUAAACCGGUGAACGAAAGCAGCGAGUCCAUCGAGGUGGAUUAACCCCUCGACUGUUUACCGACUGUUGACUGACUGAGACCACGUCCACGUUAAAGCAGCUAAAUCUGAAAACGCAUCUUCUUCUCUCGUCCCUCCUUCAAUGUAAAUUCAUCCAGCCAACAGCUGGCACUUUUGGAAAACUCUAACUAAUCUCUGAGAGCAGCGAACGAUUGACAUUGGCUCUGUUGCCCUUUAGCUUCUGGAAAACGACGACGUAACCCUGUAAAGUUAUGGUUCAGGAUACAUGGCAGUAAAUUUAGGAAGACAACUCACUGAACAGAGGCAUUAAUGGUCCAGAAUCAAAUCAUUAUUUUGUAGUUUCAGUUGUCUAACAGCAGAAACAAACAAUAUGUGAAUGAAAAGACUUGAGGAGAACUGCCUGAAACUGAUCGCUGUUCUUUAGGAGCGUUUUCAGAUUGAGUCGUCUUAGCGUGAACGUAGUCUGACUGUUUACAGCUCUUUGACUUCACUGACUGACUGACUGACUUCUGGAGAGGAGCGACAUUGAAGCCACAUUCAUCCUGCUGGAGAGAACCCCGAUUCAACCAAACCAAAGAUCCUUUUCUUUUUCCAGCAGAGAAGCAGAACUGUCACACGGAGGAGUCGGACUAACAAACAAAAGUUUUUUUGGACGAGGAUAUUUAUUGGAGACUUUUGGGAAUCCCAUCAGGUUUCCCUCCAAAGAAAACUCUCUCAUGAAACCGGGACAGAAACAAUUAAAUACCAAAAAAAUUCAGACUGAUGGUCUGUCUGUAGCUUUAAUUCUCGGUUUCUUCUCUCUUUUUUUUUCUUUUUUGCAACAGCGAUGCCAAAGGAGGGCGCGACCAAAGCAAACAGACUGAGAAUGCACAACAAGCAACAAACACAAACGUCUGAGGACAACGCUCGAGUUUUACAUCACAAAAUGAACAAAUAAAAAGACAAGGAUUAUGUAUUGUAAAGAAAAAAGAAAAUAACAAAAGAAAAGAAAAAGAAGGGACAAAAGAAACAAAUUAUAUUUAUCUUCUUGCUCAUAUCAUGCUUCGGGCACUUUUGUUUUAAAAUGUUGAUUAUUUAAUUUUUGCAGCUCUGAUGUUUGGAAAGAAAGAUAAUGGAGGGAAAUACUGAAGAGAUAAUGGAUGUGAUUUCUUAUAGAAAUAAUCCCACAGUUCAUAAAGAAAUGUGUUAAAUAUGUUUGAAGCACAGUUUAAAAAUGUACCUGGUUAAAGUCAGUUUACGUUUUUUUCUCAUCUUGGCAUUUAAAACAUUUUCAGGGUGAACAUUUCUCACAUCGUGCUCCAUCUGUUCAGACGUUUUAAAUUUCGACAUAGAGAUGACAUCUGAUCAUCUGAGGCACAAACGACAUCAAAUCCAGCAAGAGCAGGUGUUUCUGGUUUUGAAAAAGACUUCCUCAUCUCUCUCUCAUGAGAAGUGUUGUCUCACAGAGUAUAUUUGCUACACAAUGCAAGUUUGAAUCCAUUCACAAGCAAUCUCAGAUGUGUAAAUAGUCCUGUGUCAUUACGAUACACUUUGUAUUCAAAUGAGUGAGGGUAAAAGCACAGUUAUUACAUGAACACCAAAUAGGUUUUUGUGCCUGAGAGUUAAGAAAGCUUUAAUAACGAUAAUAAUCUGAAAACUGUAACUUCUCUUCCCAAAGACCAACAGAGUGUCGAACCUGGUGGAUGUAAAACCAAAAGUCAAAGGGACGUUUCACUGCAGGAAAACUGUUUUACUUUCAUCGCAUAAAUGUCUGUAAGAGUUCAGAAAUGACGGCGGCGUCUUAAAUGCAAAGAAAAGCCAGAAGAAGUCUUUUUGUUUAGAUCAAAAACACUUUGAUCUAAAGUGUUUGUUUCUGGCUGCUAGCGUUAGCAUUAGCAACAUGGCUGCCCCCUAUCAAGAAACAACUGUAUCCAAGCCUGAGUAUCCAGUUUGAACUAGAGACCCAGAUCUCAGUUCUGUGAUGACGGCAGAGUAAAACAUGAAUAAAUCAGCAGGUUUUGUUUCUGAUCUAAUGGAGAUAUGUGAACCUCCUCUUCAAAGUCAGAGUCCUGGGACAAAACCUGGUUGACGCCAGGUGGCAGACAGAAUUACACAGUGAAAGUGAGAAACCAAUCUAAACUAUGAGUAAGGCUGGCUGCCUUAAUGUUGUUCUAACUUUAAAAUAAAAAAUGAAAUCAGUUCUAUGUUUUGACAGGUUCAAAAAUGAAAGUUAUUAAUUUAGAAAACGACAAGCUGUCAUCCAGUUUUUCUUUCUUUAAGUUUGAAAGUGCUUUUACCCACAAAUCCUCAUGGACUUUAAAGUUAGACCUGAUUUUUCAGACUUUAAAACAAACCUUUUCACUUACUGAUACUGUGAUCUGAUAAUAAAUCCACACUCUGCUCUACAAACUCACAGACGUGUUUUUGUCAUGAAAACUAAAACAGUUUUGUGCCUGAAUGAGACGUCUCUUCAUUCAAACUGCAGAUUGAUCCAAUGCUGUAUAUAGAAGAAUACAAACUACAGGAUUUUUAUAUGAUGGAUCAAUGAGACUGAGGUGAAAUAGUUUGACUCAGUUAAGGACAAAACACAAAUGUGAAUAUGAACCAGAGCUUUGAGCAAAUUCACUUUCUGUUCACAUCAGUCAGGAUCCGGAGGAUGGACGUCAAGAAAACGUUUCAGCACAAUCGAGAGACGAACCUGUGACGAAACGUCCAUCAGCUGCUGGUUAUUGAAGACAAAAAACUAAAUAACUGAGCCAGAUGACUGACAUGUUCAGAUUUUUCUAUAAGCACACAUCAGUUCUGUUCUCCAGCCUUGUUUAAAUGCAUUCUGGGUAACGUAGGCAGCUCUGACUGAAGUAGAAGUACACAAACUAGAUUGAGAGAAUGGAUAUUUUUAACUCCAGUCUUCCAUCAAGAACCACAUUAGAAAUAAACUCACUGUUGUUUCCUCUUUAAAAGUGAAAAAUUAAAUCCUAAAAUUAAAUUUGGUGUCACAAGGAUUGUAAAACUCACAACAUGAAUUUAUAUCUGCAGCAUUUCCCCAGUUGGUUGCACAUGUAAAUGUCUCUGAUCAGCUGAACAGAAACUGAAUGUUGCUCAAACCCUCUGAUGAUGAUAAUCAUUUCCUCUGUAAUAUGACUGACAGACUCUGAAGGGAAAAAACUGUCAUGUCAAACAGAAAAAGACUCUAAUGAAUCCAUUUUGACUCGAUCUUGUUUGCAUGAUUUCCCCGACUCACCCCCAUCCCCUCCUUUUUUUAUUGAAUGACAAAAUGAGAUCAAAAACCAAAAGACGUUGUUCCAUAGGAAAUAAAGCUGAAA